AUGGUGGUGCUGUCGGGCCCGGUGGACGCGCCCUUCCUGACGCCCGACUCGUUCUACGCGGCCGAGGUCACCUGCGCCGUGUGGGGCGACGAGUCCAAGGCCCUCGUGCCCCCCCAGGGCUACCGCGGGGAGAUGACCAUCGCCAUGCGCUCCACCAAGGUCAACUUGGACCUCAUAUCGUCGCCCAUCAACACGCCGCGCAAGACCAAGAUCGUGUGCACCCUGGGCCCCUCCUGCUGGUCAGAGGAGAACCUGGGGGCGCUCAUGGACGCGGGGAUGAACGUGGCGCGCUUCAACUUCAGCCACGGGGAGCACGCCGGCCACAAGGAGAACUCGACGGAUUUUGGAUCAGGCUGA